UAUCCUCUCUCACCUUAGUGUUACUAUGCAUUUGCAGUGUCACAUCUUGAUGGCUGUACUUGGGCAAUUCCCACUUCUGAAUUAACGUUGGUGUGAAUGUGUUUUUUAAUAUGUUAAUGAACAUCACUGAGUGAUUAGGUCCAGGCUGCAGUGACUUAGCUGCACAACAUGCACGCGUUAGUGGUCCAGAUGGCUUAGUACUUAGUACGGCAAGAGAAGGACUGGGCCCUUGGAGCAGCUGCUCUGGAUGGGCACCAAGGCUCCUGCCCUGCCACACAGACAUGCCUUUAGUCACGGUUUGUCAUGGUGUGGUGGUUUGAAAUGGUCACUCGCAGCCUGCUCAGUGCUACAAGUGCAGUGAAGAUCUGCUCACCAGGACCCGCCAUACCACACACUCAGGUAGAAACCUACAUGGCCAUGGAGAACAUUCUAGGAGCAUCCUGCAUCAUGUUGGGCUCAGCCUGCAUUCCAAAAAUCAGCACAGGGAUGUUGUUAAAUGGAGCAUCACUUGGGCCAUUGCUAGACUUGCAAGAGACAUCACCAACUCAGCUGGAAGGGCACUGGGAGGUGGUCAGGGAGCAGCACCAGAACCUCUUGAGUCACUUUCUAUUGAACAGACUUCAAAUCCCCUGCAGAUGAGCCCCAUGCAUGAAGUGGCAUGCUUUAAACUCACAGGGUUUUGUUUGUGUUGGCAGUUUCUGACCUGCCCCACCAAUGGAGUUGAGAACAGUAAUGUGAGGGAUCAUCUUGUGAUUUAUAGCUUUUCCAUAGGGCUGAACCACUUGGGUGGUUGGGGGAAAAAAUCACUGGGGAAGAAGAACCCAUUCUCUAAACCCCUACCUCUGCCAGCAGUUGUUUUAGUCUGUAACAGGGGAAAUACCAAGACUCAAAUACCAGUAGUCAAGGCUCAAAAGCUUUGCCCAUAGAAAUCCUCAUCAGUGUGUUGAAAAUGAGAUCUGUUGUUACGGAUUCAGUCCAGAAGAGGCUGGGGUUGCCAGCCAGCAUCCAAACCCAGUGCAAAAUCCCUGCCUUCGGGCCAGCCCUUUUUACAGUGCCUUACUCUAACUGUUUCAAGUCUUGCAUCUUUUCUGCAUUCAUAGCAUUGCUCUCCUUAGAGAGAGAAUGGUAGCUUUUGCUCCGUAACAAUUAUGAAAGCAUGAAUACACUUUAAAAGCAAACAAAACCAAAAAUCAGCAUAAAGCAGCGUCUUGUUUGGGAGCCAUCAAUGCUUGAAGUUAUUUACAAGAUAGAAGAAUGAUGGAAAUUGAGCCAAACCUAUCGUCUUUUGAAUUUCCAGGAGACAGAAGGUUACAGAGGGAGAAGCUGGAAAAGAACAUGGAGAACCAAGAGGACACGAGGGGGCCUCUCCAGCUCGUCACCUUAAAGCAAGGGAAGAGCCCCUACAAGCGCAGCUGUGAGGAGGGGGAAUCCCACCCCCAAACAAAGAAGAAAAAGAUUGACCUCAUCUUCAAAGAUGUCCUGGAGGCUUCUUUGGAGUCCGCCAAAUUCGAAGAGAACCAGUUAGUAACAAGUACACCGCUUGCCAUCAGAAAAGCAUCUAAAUACCAGGCUGAAGACAUCUUUGAGCGGUGUGGCAGUGCCAUGCAGCACGGCUCCCUGGGCCUCAGCAGAAACCGGAGCGAGGGGGAAUGGAAGGUCCCUCAUGGUUCCUCUUUCAGCUCUGCCAAAGAGAUGGGAAUCCUUGAAGAUGAGGAAGAAGAGCCUUUGUCACUCAAAGCAGACAGCCCAACGGAGCUGUCGCUGGCCUCUGCACAAGGCAACUCCCAUGAAAUCCCCACCACCUCCUUCUGCCCCAACUGCAUCCGUCUGAAGAAGAAGAUCCGGGAGCUGCAGGCUGAGUUAGACAUGCUGAGAUCUGGGAAGUUACCCGAGCCAGCCGUGUUACCGCCCCAGGUACCCGAGCUCCAAGAAUUCUCAGACCCCACAGCUUCAGAAAGCAUCAUCUCUGUUCCCACCAUCAUGGAGGACGAUGACCAAGAGGUAGAUUCUGCUGAUGAAUCAGUUUCCAAUGACAUGAUUGCUGCUACAGAUGAGCCUUCCAAGAUGUCUUCUGCAACGGGCCGAAGGAUACGGCGGUUCAAGCAAGAGUGGCUUAAAAAGUUCUGGUUUCUGCGGUACUCCCCGACACUGAAUGAAAUGUGGUGCCACGUCUGCAGGCAGUACACAGUGCAAUCCUCUCGGACUUCAGCCUUCAUCAUUGGCUCAAAGCAGUUCAAGAUACACACAAUAAAGCUUCACAGCCAGAGCAACCUCCACAAGAAGUGCCUGCAGCUUUACAAGCUCAGGAUGCACCCGGAGAAGACAGAAGAGAUGUGCCGGAACAUGACCCUCCUCUUCAAUACAGCCUACCACUUGGCCCUGGAGGGCAGGCCCUACUAUGACUUUCGGCCUCUGGCAGAACUGCUGAGGAAGUGUGAGCUCAAGGUGGUGGAUCAGUACAUGAACGAGGGAGACUGCCAAAUCUUAAUCCAUCACAUCGCCCGGGCUCUUCGAGAGGACCUCGUUGAACGCAUCCGACAGUCUCCCUUCCUCAGCAUCAUCCUAGAUGGGCAGAGUGAUGACUUGCUUGCAGAUACUGUGGCAGUUUAUGUGCAGUACACAAGCAGCGAUGGGCCUCCAGCAACAGAAUUCCUGUCUCUUCAGGAACUGGGCUUUUCUACAACAGACAGUUACCUCCAAGCAUUAGACAGGGCUUUUUCCAGUCUCGGAAUACAAUUGCAGGAUGAGAAGCCAACUAUUGGCUUGGGAGUCGAUGGUGCUAACAUUACUGCCAGCCUGAGAGCCAACUUGUUCAUGACAAUCAGAAAGACCUUGCCCUGGCUUCUCUGCCUGCCCUUUAUGGUACAUAGGCCCCACUUGGAAAUUUUGGAUGCAAUCAGUGGGAAGGAACUGCCGUGCCUGGAGGAGCUGGAAAACAAUCUGAAGCAGCUGCUCAGUUUCUAUCGUUACUCUCCUCGACUCAUGUGCGAGUUGAGGGUCACUGCAGCCACUCUGUGUGAGGAGACCGAGUUCUUGGGGGACAUUAGAGCAGUGAAGUGGAUCAUCGGGGAGCAGAAUGUGCUCAAUGCUCUAAUCAAGGAUUACCUUGAGGUUGUGGCCCAUCUCAAAGAUGUCAGUGGCCAGACCCAAAGAGCAGAUGCUUCUGCCAUUGCCUUGGCCCUCCUGCAGUUCCUGAUGGACUACCAGUCGAUUAAACUUAUCUACUUCCUAUUGGAUGUGAUUGCUGUGCUUUCACGCCUCGCCUACGUCUUCCAAGGGGAAUACCUUCUUGUGUCGCAGGUGGAUGAUAAGAUAGAGGAGGCCAUCCAAGAAAUCAGCCGGCUUGCGGACUCACCCGGGGAAUACUUGCAGGAGUUUGAGGAAAACUUCCGUGAAAGCUUUAAUGGCAUUGCUGUGAAAAACCUCCGGGUGGCUGAAGCCAAAUUCCAGUCGAUCCGAGAAAAGAUCUGCCAGAAGACCCAGGUGAUCCUAGCCCAAAGGUUCGAUUCCCGUAGCCGGACAUUUGUAAAGGCCUGUCAGGUAUUUGACCUUGCAGCGUGGCCCAGAAGCACUGACGAGCUCAUGAGCUAUGGGAAGGAGGAUAUGGUACAGAUAUUUGAACACCUGGAGACGGUCCCAUCCUUUUCCAGAGAGGUUUGCCGAGAGGGGAUGGACACCCGCGGGAGUCUGCUGAUGGAGUGGCGAGAACUCAAGGUGGAUUAUUAUACCAAAAAUGGUUUUAAAGACUUGCUCAGUCACAUUUGUAAAUACAAACAGAGAUUCCCCCUCCUCAAUAAAAUAGUUCAGAUCCUCAAAGUCCUUCCCACCUCAUCGGCCUGCUGUGAGAAGGGGCGUGCUGCCCUGCAGAGAGUGCGCAAAAACAACCGCUCCCGGCUCACGCUGGAGCAGCUCAGUGAUCUUCUGACCAUUGCUGUUAAUGGGCCGCCCAUUUCCAACUUCGAUUGCAAAAGGGCACUAGAUAGUUGGUUUGAGGAGAAGUCGGGCAAUAGCUACGCUCUGUCAGCUGAAAUGCUGAGCAGGAUGUCGUCCCUUGAUCAGAAGCCGAUGUUGCAGAGCAUGGACCAUGGCUCUGAGUUCUACCCCGAUAUUUAGGAAGGAAUGCCUCAGAUCAGAAAGCUGUUGAAUAGUUUUUUUAAUCUAUACUCUAAACUUUGAUAUAUUAUAUAAAAUAUAUAUAUAUAUUAUCUAUAUUAAGGAGAAACCCACACUGAAAGUUUAAAAGUUUAAGACGAUGUGCGUCUGAUAGAAGCUAAGCAGAGUUUUAAAGAUGAUUGAGACAACGUUUAGACUUUUACUGGUGUCUCCAACCAUGGCAGCUGCAGUGUAGGUGGCAACAUUUCAUUCUUUAGAAGCAUGUGCUGGGGCCAUACUCUACAUGUUCAAACCUAACUCUCUAUAAGCUACACAACGGGUCUUUGUCAGCCUCAUCCUCCCGGCAGUUUCUUUUGUAUGUGUGUUGUUGUUGGGUUGUUUUUUUGUGUUGUUUUGUUUUGGGGUUGGUUGUUGGGGUUUUUUUAUCCUCCUCAGUUUGAAUCUCUGCCUCUCUUUCCGUUGUUCAGUCCGGUUAUUGAGCCAUUUGAGCCUUUUGUUGACAACCCUGUGUUCUGAUUCCUGACAGAGCAUCCCGUGCUUUUCUGUUGUCCCCAGUUCUCCAGCUCCAUCCAGUUCUCUUGGCUGAGUGGGAGAUAUCUUCACUCAUAGAGAUUACUGGCAGGAGGGAGAGGCUGGGGGUGUGAUUUUGGGUUUUUCUUCUGAUUUAGCAACAAAACUGUGAUGUCUCUUUCUCAGUUCUUCUUUUUGGGCUGUAGAGUAAUACUUGGCUUUCAGCUCCUUUUCUGAUUACAGUAGUACCAGUCUAUCCUGCAUAUAUUCUAACACGAUGUCAUGUGCAGACUAUAAAAUAGCAAAUUAGAGAAGGCAGGGGGAAAUUUUUUGCAUUUAUAUUUUUAUAUUGUAGGAGAUAAAUAUAUAUAUAUAUAUACAAUUAUUCAUUCGAAAACCAGGGCUGCUGUGGAAGCUAGACAGCCAAUGAGUCAAGAGCCAUCCAUGGGCUUUGAGAUUCAAAGGCUUAAAAAAGUAUAUUCUAAUUUACAUUAUUUAUACUAUGUCUUUAUAAUCCUAGAUUGUUGUGGGGGGUUUUGUUCUGUUUCCUUUUGUUUUCCUUUGGAAUGACUGAAAGAAAAACCUGCUGCGGUUUGGUGGCAGGAGCUAUCAAUGCAAGAUUAUCUUGGAUUAUAUUCAUGUGAUGAUGUUCUACAAAGGUUCACGUAUUCUCUUGUGACCAAGGUAACAUGUUCCACAGCACAGCAGACUGAUGACAGCAGGAAGAAGGGAUUCUUCUGCUUCUUCCUGUGAAAUACUUCUUUUCUUGAAGGGAUGCAAAGCCCAGCUGAAAUGUGAAUGGGGGACUUGCACCUUCCAUCACAUAGAGAUUGUUCUGUGGGCUUGGGGUUCUUCUUUAUUUUAUUCUUUUACAGUAAACAAGCUCCAGGUAUUCACACAAUAUCACUUCAGGUUAGAAAAGCAAAAAAAAAAAAAAAAAAAAGAUAAAAACUAACCAAAAAAAACCAACCCCACACAAACAAAAAGGUGCAAAAACUCCACAGAUGCUAGUGCCUUGCCCUGCUGAUGUGGCAUGGACAGCACCGACCUGACCAGAUCAUCGUGGGGGUGAGAACAUGUUGUCCAGAAGGUGUCUGACACGUUCUCACUCCCCAGAGGGAUGAGCUUUGUGCCAAGCUGUGUUGUUUGGAAACAUGAUGGUGGUAUCAGCAACACUGAACCUUUCCUUUCUCCUGUUACCCCCCUGCCCUUGGUCUUGGUGCUAAGAUAUCUCUAGAACCGUUGCUGCUAGUUGAUAGCUUUUCAUUUAUAUAAAUAUAUAUAUAUAUAUAAAAUAUUAUUUUAUUUUUUAAACUUUUUUGUUUGUUUUCAAUGGAGAUGUAGCAUGUUUGGAACCGAUCUCUCUCGGAGUCACUUUCACUGCCAGGGUUCACGCACUGUCUUCCCCGGAAAACACGCACUUCUACCUAGGUCUUGCUCACCUCCUGCUAAACCCCUUUGCCCCCAGCAGAACCACACAGCCAGCACUGGGCAGAGAUGUGUGGCCAAGCCACUGUGGACUGGAUCAGCUUUUAGAUCCCAUGGGAACACCUAGACUGGUGUUGGUCAGAGCUUUGGAAGCGUUUUCCCUCUAUCCCUGUGGGACUGAGCCUACCCAAAGCACUAGUGGUGGCCAGUCUUUGUGUCCUGACUCUGCUUCCUUUGCUGUAAAAUGGGGCCAGACAGUCCAAGGGGUGUAGAGCAGACCCCACAUACCUUCCGUAGCACUUAUUCCCUGUCCCCUCUGCCUUACCUCAGAUGGCAACGUCGGGAGCUAGGUCAGGGCAUUGCGCCAUUGCAGAGCAGGGGCAUCGAUGCGCAACACCUAGCAAGCAAAAUAAUAUAGCGCUGUUUGCUUUUUCUUCCAAAUAAAUGAUGUGAUCAAAUUGACCCAUUCAUCUACAGGAGUAAAAAUCAAACCCUCUGCAGCUGGGCAGGCUUGGGCUGUUGUUUGCCUGAUUGUAAAAUAGGGAUCUCUCCACACAAGGUGCUUCAGCUCUGCUCAGGGUGCUGCCACAAAGCUCUCAGAGCUGCUCCUUGGUAGGGAGGAGGCGGGCUCCCUCCUUAGCUAACGUUUUGGAGAUGUAAAAAGGAAGAUGGAAUUGCUGCUCCAUCUCUGACCUGGUGAUGGGCAAGGUGAAUGUAGAUGCUGGAGACAAGAAGUGAUUGAAUGCACCAGAGGGGAAUAGGCAGGUUGGGGAGAGUCUUCCUUGUCGAGCAGCAGAAGAAACAAGUAGCAAAGAUAUUUGAUGCAAGUUGUGUUGGCUGCCAGAGGGGCUGUAAAGACAGUUUCCCUCCUCCCUUUUUCUUCCAUUUUCUCUUUGCUCAACUCCAUAGCUCUUUGCAGGGGGAAAAUAAUCGCCUGCCUUGCUGUGCCAGAAGAGGUUUAGAUUGGAUAUUAGGACAAAUUCAUUCCCCAAAAGGCUGCUCAGGCAUUGGAACAGGCUGCCCUGGGCAGUGCUGGAGUCAUCAUCCCUGCAAGUGUUCA